CAAAUUUUAAUGAUUCUUAUGCGGAAUACCUCGACUAUAUUAUACACCUUGAAAAAAGGAAAUUCAAUUCUUCUAAAGAUUACAAUAACGAAAUCCUUGAAGGACUUGAAGAAACAAAAAGGAAAUACGAUGAAAAGGUAAAGCUUAUUAAAAAGAAGAUUGAAAAUGGUGAUCAUCUCUCAAAUUCACCCUCUAUUGAGGAUAUAUUUAGACUUGAACAACAAUUAUAUAGCUUAUCAGACGUCGAACAAUAUUUACGAAAUGUAAAGAAAGAGGAGGAAAGAACAUUGAAGUAUCGAGAAAAGCAUUACGUGUAUAAGAUCUCUAAAAAUCAGAAUAUUAAAUUAUCACGGUCUUUACCAUUUUUGGAAGCUCAUAGCAAAGCCAUGUCUGAAAUUACGAUUUUCUGUCUUGCUUUAGGAGACAUUAUUAGUAAAUCUUUUCCGGUUGAUAUCAAUAAAGGCAUGACCAUUGGACAUCUAAAGGAUCUCAUUAGGCAGAAGAAGGACCCUUAUUAUAAUAAUAUUUCAGCUGACGAAUUCGAACUAUGGGGUGUGGAUAUUCCUAUCAAUAUGGAAAAUGUAAACACAAGAAUAAAUGAAGAAAAUAUCUGUGAAUAUAAAGGUGUGAAGUUGCUCCCAAACACUGCUGUGGAAACAUUUGUUUCUGAAAAUAAUAAAUAUAACAUUAGAAUCAUUGUACAACCACCUGCCACUACUGGGGUAGGUAUAAAAUAUAAAGGAAUAUCAAGACUAGGAGGCCUUGGAGGGACGAAUAUGAAAAGAAGAGAAGAUGGCUUGGGCUACGAAGGCCUUGACCUUAGUAACUUUGAUAGUAUAUGUCAAAGAAAAGAAACUAUCAAUAGAUUGCUUAGUGAUCUACUUAAAAAGCGUAUCAUUCUAGUGCGAUCACCACCAAUGGCUGGAAAGACAUCACUUGCACAAUUAUUGGAAUAUCAUAUUCUUAAAUCUGAUGAAGUAAAUAAUGGAUUAAGAUGUGUUUUUCGUAUUUCACUAAUGUGGAUGAUUAAACGCGGAAUGGAGUGGACAUUUGCUGAAGGAUUUAAAUUACUCAUGAAUAUGGAAUGGGGUGAAUUUAUACAAUCGUGUAGGCAUAGUGAAGUUGACAUAAUUUUGAUUGUUGAUGAGGUACAAUUGAUUUAUAAACCACAGAAUGAAAAUGAGCCUCGCAACGGAGGAAGCAUAUUUUGGAAUACGUUUAAAGAUGUUAAUCAAUAUCUAUCAAAUCUCUAUAUAGUGGCAUUUGCAUCGUAUGGUCAUUAUGGUGCUUAUACUAGCUACGGAGAUCAUUCAGUAAUGGAUAUUUCUCCACCAUCUAUUCUUUGCAAGGAAAACACAUGGGGUUUCUCUGAUGUUCGCUUUACAACUGAAGAAUUCAAUGAUUACUUUCUCCGAUUUUGUGAAACACGACUUCAUAUGUUAAAAAAAGGAGAUAUUCCGUUUUUACAUAAUUACGUGAGUGAAAUAACAGCCUUUCAUCCUGGAUUAACUGCUUUUACUAUGGAUGAAAUUUACAAAAGAUUUUUCAAACGGACCUCUGAGCUGGAAUUCG